AUGAAUAUUGGCCCCUCGCCCGACCCAAUAGCAUUGCAGGUCGUGUGGCCUGGAUUGACACCCCGACCCCUGAGCGGAUCUGAAGCGGCCGCCAUACAAGGAUGGUUUCCAAUGGCACUCAACGACACUGUUGCGCUGCACUCACUUCUGUUUGGGGCGCUGAGCCACAAGAGGCUAAACUUGUUGAAAGGCUCGGCCCAACCCGAUGACCCUGCCGUGGCUCAUCUGGAAAUGGAUAUGCGACGCUGCGAGGCCGAGUCAAUCUCCCUGAUCAAUAAAGCACUCCGCGAUUCCAAGAAUGUUAUAACAGAUGCAGUAAUAGUUUCGGUCCUUGCGAUGGCGACAAACGCCUGGGACUCGACCCUGCAGCGCUUCCAGACCCAGCCUGCAACUCAGCCAAUAUUCGAUCCUUUAUUGAAAAGUCUUCAGUGGCUGGACGUUUAUGGACUCCUCAGCGCCCAUCCUGUCCAUGCAGCUGGCCUCGUUCAACUGAUUGCGUUGAGGGGUGGCUUAAACAAUAUCCAGACCACUGGUCUCGCGGCUAUCAUAUCAUACUCCGGAGUUAUCCAAGCAAGCAGGACGUUAACGCAACCAGUGUUUCCCUUUGUACCGCUGGCUGAUGAUGGCGACCGAACCGCAACGCUCUGGGGGAUGCUGGGCACCUGCCCAAACGAGCUUAGGGACGAGUUCACUUAUAGUAGUCUGUUUGAUCUGGGUCUCACGACUGAGCUCGCUGUGGUGUGGGUCGCUAUGCAACGAUACGAACAUGGGGUUGAAAGAUUUGUCGACGGUGCACUCCCAGAUUUGGAUCUCGCACGGUUGUGCGACCGGCGCAACCUCAUCCAACAUACCCUUCUAUCUCUUCCAUCACAUGCCGACUUACCAUCUGCCACUCGACCACGACCCAUCUACGAACCGACCCGCCUUGCCAUGCUAAUAUACGCCCUCACCGUGAUCUUCCCACUUCCAGCCCAGACUGCCCCAAUCCCCACGUUAGUUCGACAACUCAAAUCUGCACUCCGACAGUCCGACAUGCGCUCUAUCUCAUCAUCACCUCAAGCCGAACGUCUUUUGAUGUGGAUUCUAGUCAUUGGUGGUGCCGCGGCCAGAGAUGUACCGGAAGAGCGAGUGUGGUUCGUUGCUGCCCUUAGAAGACUGUCUUCGCCGCUCGGGAUCAAGAAGUUUGAGGAUCUGAAGAAAGCAGUUUUAAAGCGUAUCCUGUGGCUGGAUCGGGCAUGUGACGCCGCAGGAAAAUCGCUGUGGGCGGAGGUUUCGGCCCUGGGUGGUUGA